AAUGCCACCCUUGGCUAUGGCGGCAUUUCCAUCGCCUCGCGGAUUCUGGAAGCCGAGCUCGUCGCAUUGGCAGGGGCAAUGGCGUGGCUUUCGCGGGAGAAUGGCGCUGGAUCUCGACGAGCAGGCGAGGAUUUCGCUCUCCCGCGCUUGCAAAUCCGCCGGCAUCGCCGUCGUCGCGCUCUUCUUCUCGGCCGGGGUAAGCCUGAGUGAAAAUCCCGCCCUAGCGGCGCCGGCAGUGGUGGAAUCAUCGUCAGUGAGGGAAGAUUGCGCGUCUUCUUCUCUAGCGGGAGGGAUUCCCGACGCCUCGUCGAGCUUGGAGGUAACGGAUGAGUCUCUUGUGGAAUCGGCGUGGGAGCUCGUCAAUGAUUUCUAUCUUGAUGCUAGGCACCACAAGUGGUCACCGGAUUUGUGGCUGGCUCAGAAAGAAAAGGUGUUUCAGAGGCCAUUCCAGAAUCGAAAGGCUGCGUACUCGGCUAUCAGAGAAAUGCUUGCUACACUCGACGAUCCAUUUACUCGAUUUCUAACUCCCGAUGAGUUUUCCCAAACCUCAAAGUACGAUAUCACAGGCGUGGGCUUGAAUAUCGGAGAGGUACCGGAUGAAAAUGGACAAAUCCAGCUUAGAGUUCUCGGUAUUGUUCUUCAAAGCCCAGCCGAGCUGGCUGGAAUUCAGCAGCGCAAAGGGACUCCUGUUUCAGUCGAGGUUCGACGGUCUCAAUGUGGAGACGUCCAAAGUUACGUGCUCUAUCGCCAGCAAGACUUGCGAAGCCCUGUUUUCUACCGUUUAGAGCGUUCUGAUGUCGCUAAUGAGCGCCGCGGCUAUGUUCGGCUCAAGGAGUUCAAUGCCUUGACAAAGCGGGACCUGGUCACCGCUUUGAUGAGAUUGCAAGCAUCAGGUGCUUCAUCGUUUGUUCUUGACUUGCGAGACAACUUGGGUGGCCUCGUCCAAGAAGGUAUUGAAGUGGCCAAGUUGUUUCUGGACGACGGGGAAACCGUUAUAUACACCACAAGGAGAAAUAAUGCGUCAUUACAAAGUAUUGUAGCUAAAGGCCAACCUUUCCUGCGAGCGCCCCUCGUCGUUUUAGUGAACAACCGGACAGCCAGUGCGAGUGAAAUUAUGGCUGCUGCUCUCCAUGACAACUGUAGAGCUGUUUUAGCUGGUAGCAGGACAUUUGGGAAAGGCCUGAUUCAGUCUGUGUUUGAGUUCAACGAUGGCUCUGGUGUAAUCUUGACUGUUGGGAAAUACAUGACACCUGCACACAGGGAUAUUGAUGGGAAUGGUUUGGAACCAGAUUUCUGGAGAAUGCCAGGCCACCUUGAAGUGGAGCAGAAGUUGAGAGCUUGUCUUUCAAAAAAGGCAUCAUGAAAUUCUUGCUAGCACUAAAAACAAGAGGAAAAGAAAGAAGAAAAAGCAAAUGAAAUUUACUUUUUGUAUUUGAUCUGUUCAAUCGAUCGAUCAAAAAAAUAAAAAGUACAAACUCUUUUAA